UCAGUAGACACUGGGCAUUGGUAACGAGAGCGAAUGAAUAGCGAAUGAGAGGGAUCGUGAAAUAAGUGAAUAAUACUGAGUGUCGGAGUGAGAAGUUUAACGAAUUGUUAUCGCUGGAUGAAACUGGAUAGACACGCGUAGUAAAAACACAUUCAGGGAGACAUAUGUCUCGAGUGAUCUAUUGUUGUUAAAAUUUUUUUGUUCAUGUGCUGAAGAAUUCUGUAGUAAUUGGGCGAGACUGCUGGACGUCUUGAGGCACUUGGACGACACUAGAUGACGAGGUACAAGCAGGCGGAAUUUGAAGAUGAGGACAGUAGCAGCAUUGGUUCAGUCGUGCUCAACAGCGAGGGAAUAAGUACAUCCGCAACUCACAUAAGAUAUCACUCGGGAUCAACUCUAUGGAGAGCGAGAACAACCCUAGAAAAAUGCCUAGUGGUAACCUGCAUUGGCCUUUUCGUAAUGAUCGUCAUGCUCCUCAUCAUGAUGGGACGCAAACAUGGCUGGGAUGACGCACAAAUUCUGCACGUAACAUCAAACUCAGAUGAAGGUCUGCACUGCUUGACCGAGCGUUGCGUCACGGUCGCUGCUUCCAUCAUCAACAGCAUCAACCCCAAAGUCGAUCCAUGCGAUGAUUUUUAUGAGUAUGCGUGCGGCGGCUGGAUCAAGAAGAAUCCAAUACCCGAUGGCAAGAGCAUGUGGGGGACUUUUGGAAAACUGGAGCAGGAGAAUCAGCUAGUUGUAAAAAAUGUUCUAGAGAAACCAUUUGCUGAGAUGAAAUCAAAAGCCGAACAAAAAGCAAAAUUGUAUUAUUUAUCGUGCAUGGAUGCUAAUGAGACCAUUGAGGCUCUCGGGGGACAGCCCAUGCUGACGCUUCUGGAGAACGUCGGGGGGUGGAAUAUCACGGGGGGAUUCAAUGUCAGUCGAUGGAGUCUCCAGAACAGUAUGCACGUGCUGCAGAAUGUAUACAAUAUGGGGGGACUUUUUGCGUGGGCUGUCAACGAGGAUGACAGGAAUAGCACCAAACACAUCAUCCAAAUUGACCAAGGUGGUCUUACCCUCCCCACCACCGACAACUAUUUGAACAAGACAGAGCAUGGAAAAGUCCUCGCCGCAUACCUCGAUUACAUGACCAAGAUCGGAGUGCUACUGGGGGGUGAAGAGGCUGAGACUCAGCGUCAGAUGCAGGCUGUGAUCGACUUUGAAACUAAAAUAGCUGAGAUAACGACUCCCCAGGAGGAGAGGAGAGACGAGGAGAAGCUGUACAAUCUCAUGACCGUCGGUGAUUUACAGAAACUAGCACCAUUUAUGUCCUGGUUGGAUUAUUUUCAAAACGCAACGAAAUUGGUGAAUAAAAAAAUUAACAGUAAAACUAAAAUUGUUAAUUUUGCACCUGGAUACUUCAAGAAACUCACGAAAUUGGUUCAGGAGUAUAAUAAAACUACUGACGGUAAAAUAGUUCUUAAUAAUUAUUUAGUAUGGCAGACAGUGAGAUCCCUCACCGCAUUUCUAUCAAAACCCUUCAGAGAGGCCUACAAGGGCCUGAGGAAGGCUCUGAUAGGGUCAGAAGGGAGAGAGGAGCAGUGGAGAUACUGCGUCAGUGACACAAACAACGUCAUGGGGUUCGCCAUAGGGGCCAUGUUCGUCAGAGAUGUGUUCCAUGGGAAGAGCAAACCCAAAGCCGAGGAGAUGAUCAACGAGAUUCGUGCGGCAUUCGUCAAGAACCUGAAGAACCUCGACUGGAUGGACGAGGAGACCCGCAAGGCCGCCGAGGAGAAGGCCAAUGCCAUAGCCGACAUGAUAGGCUUUCCCAAUUUCAUCCUCAACUCUAACGAGCUCGACGAGCGCUACAAGGAUCUCCAGAUAAGGCAGAACGAGUACUUCCUGAAUAACAUCAGAGUGAACAAAUACACCUUGAGGAAGAACCUGGAGAAGCUGGACAGACCAGUCAACAAGACCACCUGGAUCAUGACACCACUGACUGUCAACGCCUACUACUCACCGACCAAGAAUCAAAUUGUUUUUCCAGCUGGAAUUCUCCAGAACCCUUUCUACGACAUGGAGAACCCCAGUAGUCUCAACUUCGGGGGGAUUGGAGUGGUCAUGGGUCAUGAACUGACUCAUGCAUUCGAUGAUCAGGGACGUGAAUACGAUCUACAUGGGAAUCUCCACAAAUGGUGGAACAACGCAACAAUAGACAGAUUCAAAAACAGAACCGAAUGUUUUGUGGAACAAUAUGGCGAUUUUCAAAUUGAGGGGAGAAACAUUAACGGACGACAAACCCUAGGUGAAAAUAUAGCUGAUAAUGGAGGUCUCAAAGCUGCCUAUCACGCAUAUCUGGCCACCCUGAAGAGCUAUCAAGACCAAUUGCCAUUGCCAGGUCUCCAACUCACCCAUCGCCAACUAUUUUUCCUGAAUUUUGCCCAGGUCUGGUGUUCCGCAAUAACACCAGAGUCAAUAGGCCUUCAAGUAGAGAAAGACUCGCACUGUCCACCAAAAUACCGAGUCAUAGGACCACUUUCAAAUUUGCCAGAAUUUUCAGCUGAAUUCAACUGCCCGAAGGGUUCAAAAAUGAAUCCCGGGGACAAGUGCGAGGUUUGGUAGUGUUAAAAAUUCGAGAGAAUAAAUUUUUUCAUUGACUUCAGUUGAGUGAGAUCAUGAGAUAAAUUCAUCGUGCAGAGUCAAUCCCUAGAAACCAUGAAUGGCACUAAAAAUGAGGGAUGAAUAACGAUAACAAUUGGAAUGGUCACGCAAUUUUUUGAGAAGAAAUGUUAAAACCCCAAGGAUAAAAUUUCAAUCAUCAUUUCUCUGGUGACAUCCAAUCCCCAAUGGCGACGUAAAAUUUUUUAUUAUUUAUUUUCAUAUUAAAUUAAUCAAUAAACCUGAUGAUGAUACAAACAGUGGAUUUAAUGAAUUGAAUUCACGGUCUCAAUUCACCUUAUUCCUCCAUACAAUAGAGAAAUAACUGAGUGGCAAUAUCUUUGACAUUGUGUACGUUAAUUGAGCAUAUCCACGUACUUUGGUUAUUUUUUCUUUACUGAAAUAUUUUUCUAUCGGAUUGAGCCCCAUUUGACCCUCGUUUCCAGUC